AUGGGGUCUAUACAGGAUUUCAACGAGACCCUGAAUCCCGGUCGACAUGAAGUGAAGAUUGAACACAGAGUUAUGGAAAAAAUUCCAACAAGUCGAGUUAAUAAUGAAGGGUUCAGGAGCUCGAAGAUCACUGGUCUUGCCACCGAUCUGAAGUUGAAUCCGACUGGAAUGAAAGACGAGAUCGUGUUAUUGUCUUGGUUCAUCGUGCUCUUGAGAACGCACGAGGAGGGAACUUUUUCCUAUGAGUGGGCAUACAAAAGCUACUCCAAUCGAAGCGAGUCUAAGAGAGCGAACGGAUGUAUAUCUAUAGAUCAGGUAAUACCGGAUUUACAGACCACUGUCGAACAAGCCUCCGCAUCGAUUGCGCGUUACAUCACUACCAACGUUUUAGAUCAGAAUACAUUGAUAGGUAGCCCUGCGUCACUUACUUUAAGCACAAGUUCGCUUUCACGGACAUUUGAGAAAGCGAAUGACGGAAUGAGCAUUUCCCAUCCCCAUGCAUCGGUCAAAGAGAGCAUUCUCCCAACUACACAUGAUCUUAACGAUAUAUGGCGAUGGAAUUACCAACUGCCUCGCUCAUACAACUUUUGCAUGCAUGAGGUCAUUUCCCAGCGAGCUCAUGAACACCCAGAAAAAGUCGCGAUUGAUUCAUGGGAUGGUAGCUUGACAUACGGUCAAGUUGACCGGUACUCAACAUUCAUAGCAUCCUCACUGAAAGAACUGGAUGUCGAGUUACAUGACUUCUUGCCAGUGUGCUUUGAGAAGUCGAAGUGGACGAUCGUGGCUGUGCUGGCUGCGAUGAAAGCAGGUGCAACUUUUGUGCUCAUGGAUCCAACUCUUCCAACCGCCCGUCUCCAGAAUAUGGCAAAUCAAGUCGGCGCGAGAAAUAUGCUAGCAUCGCGCAAGCAGCAUGACCUGGCUACAUCAAUUGUGCCUGAUGGAAACAUUAUUGUCAUAGAAGCCGAUACGUUUACAGAUAUCUCAAACCAGCAUGCCAUGUCAAAGUUGACACCUGUACCAUCGUCUACAUUGAUGUACAUCAUUUUCACAUCAGGCAGUACGGGAACUCCUAAAGGGGUAAAAAUAUCUCAUGAAACAUAUACAAGCAGUGCGUUUCCACGGGCAAAAGCGGUUGGUUAUACGGAGGAAUCCAGGGUACUCGAUUUUGCAUCCUACGCUUUCGACGUCAGUAUUGACAGUAUGAUUUUAACAUUGGCAAACGGUGGCUGUCUUUGCAUUCCCUCGGAUGAAGGUCGAAUGAACGACAUAAAUGGGAUAAUACGAAAGAUGCGGGUUAAUUACGCUGGUAUAACGCCCUCAGUGGCCCGAGUGCUGGAGCCAGAAGUUAUAACAUCACUCAGCGGUCUUGGUCUAGGAGGAGAGGCCGCCUCGGCAAGAGAUGUCACUACAUGGGGUCGAGAUACUAGGAUCAUCAUAGGAUAUGGGCCCUGUGAGUGCACGAUAGGAUGCACAGUGAACAGCAGCGCUGCCACAGGGAGAGAUUACAUUUCAAUUGGCACAGGUAAUGGUGCCGCUAUCUGGAUUGUCAACCCAAAUGACCACGAAACGCUCAUGCCAGUCGGCGCUGUUGGCGAGUUACUUGUCGAGGGGCCGAUUGUAGGCCAGGGCUACUUGAAUGACUCCGAGAAAACUGCAGCGGCGUUCAUUGAGGAUCCACAUUGGCUUUUAUCUGGCCACGGAGAAUAUCCAGGUCGUCGAGGGCGCCUGUACAAGACCGGGGAUCUUGGCAAGUACGAUCCUGACGGCUCCGGGGGCAUUGUCUUUGCUGGAAGAAAGGAUACGCAGGUUAAAUUGCGUGGACAACGAGUUGAACUCGGGGAAAUUGAGAGCCAGCUCAAAGCCACAUUGCCCGUGGAAUCAAAGGUUAUUGCUGAGGUCAUUGUCCCUCAGGGAACUGGAAACCAAGCCACAUUGGUGGCAUUUAUCACUUUCCAGUCGACCAAGGGGCCUGAUAGUAGCACCAAUCUCCAGUUAGAACAUCUUAGCCACGAAAUGCGCAGCAAGCUAUCAAAAGCGGAUGCAGAGUUGACAAAAGUGUUGCCACGAUAUAUGGUGCCGACUGUGUACAUACCGGUCAACUACAUUCCUGUCCUGAUUUCAGGAAAGACUGAUCGAAGACAGCUUCGGCAAUUUGGGGCUACAGUAGACCUGCGACAGCUGGAUCAAGGAACAGAGAGCAUAGCUAUUCGAGAGCUGACCGAUCUUGAGCAACGAUUAAGACAAGCAUGGAGCGAGACGCUGAAGCUUGAUGCGGAAUCUAUUCGACCUGAAGAUAAUUUUUUCGUACUAGGUGGUGACUCCUUGGCGGCAAUGAGGCUUGUUUCCUUCUGUCGUGAGCAAAUGCUUGAUGUUUCUGUUGCCAAUACUUUUGAUCACCCCACUCUCUCAGCAAUGGCCAGCGUAGUCCGUAUUCGAGACUCACAGAACAGAACGGAGACGUAUCCGUUUUCCAUGAUCUCCCAAACUGCCGAGGCCUGCUGUUCAGAGGCAUGUCAAGUAUAUGGAUUCGAGCGGGAAGUAGUUGAAGAUAUCUACCCUUGCACUCCCACUCAAGAGUCAUUGUUCACCUUCUCACUCAAAUCAAUCAAGCCUUAUGUCGCUCAAAGAGUCGCGACAAUUGAAUCUUCUACAAGCCUUUAUUCCUGGAAAAGGGCAUGGGAGGAGGUUGUCGCAGCAAGCCCUAUCUUGCGCACUCGCUUAGCUCAACUUCAAGAGCCUGGCCUCCAGCAAGUUGUGCUAAAAGAAGGCAUCUCCUGGAAAUUUUCAAAUAAUCUGGUGCAGUAUCUUGAUGAUGACCGAAAGGAGAAAAUGAAUCUUGGACAAAGCUUAGCUCGUUAUGCCAUUGUGGAUGAUUCCAGUGAUGGUAAAAGGUAUAUGGUCUGGACAGUCCAUCACGUACUUUACGAUGGAUGGUCAGAGCCUAUCUUACUCAAACAAGUGAGCAAUAUACUGUACCACCAGAAUAUUGAUACUAAGGCGCAAAUGAGAGACUUCGUCAAGUAUGUGCGCGAUACGGACGAAGUUUCUAUGCAGGAGUAUUGGCAACGAGAACUGAAAGAUGCAGUUGGGCCUCAGUUCCCACGCCUACCUUCGAGAGACUAUUUACCAAACCCGGAUGCCGAGAUUGAACAUCACAUAUCUAUAGAAACAGUUACCGGGUUCCCAUUUACAAUGGCAACAUUGAUCCGCGGUGCAUGGGCUCUUGUAGCGUCACAGCACACAGGAAGUGAUGAUGUUGUGUUUGGAGAGACACUCACUGGCCGGGAUAUUGCACUACCUGGUGUUGAAAGCAUUAUAGGUCCACUAAUAGCAACGGUACCAGUGCGCAUUCAUGUCCACCGAACAGCAUCCACGGAAUCUUACCUGCAACUGAUACAACACGGGAUGUUGGCCCGCAUACCGUAUCAACAUAUGGGCAUGCAGAACAUCAGGAAGGUCAGCCACGAUGCCCAACAUGCAUGUGAAGCUGCUACGGGCUUGGUCAUUCAGCCGGAGCCAGAGUACGUGGGUAGCGAACUUGGCUUCGGUAAUGGAGAUGUCGUACGUGAAGCGCUGCAUUUCAACCCGUAUCCGCUGAUGCUGGCAUGUGGGAUACGAAAGGGUGGCUUUAGAGUGUGCGCAAGCUUUGACAGCAGUUUGAUUGAUGUGGCACAAAUGAAACGAGUUCUCGUGCAACUUGAAAUUGCUUGCUCGCAAUUGACAAAUGGUCUUUCACGCAAAGUUGGCGAGAUAUCCUGCCUCCCCCAGGUGGAAUUGGACCAAAUCUGGCGUUGGAACCAGAAUCCUCCAUGUUCAUUUGAUGAGUCAUCCAGAAUUCUGAGAACAGAUGCAAGCAUUAAGCAAGGGUCGAUUUAUCCUCAGGUGGCAGUUCCUUGGGUUUGCGAUCCACGCAAUCCAUCUCUUUUGUCUCCCAUCGGCUGUAUCGGCGAGCUGUGGCUUGAAGGGAAUUUCCUUUCUGGAGAUGUGGUCCAGUCUCCAGCUUGGCUUGUCGCUGGAAGUUCUGUAUAUGUCGGCCGAACAGGGAAAGUACAGGCCACAGGGGAUAUGGUCCAGUUACGAGAGGAUGGCAGCUUGAUAUUUGUUGGUCGAAAGGAGGAUGUUAUACCAAUUCAAGGUCAUGCGGUGAAUAUUCCAGAUCUCGAAGCUCAUCUCACAAGGCAACUCCCAUCAACAAUUCGCACCGCUGCUGCUGUAUUCCAAACAUCUAUAAGCGGCGCCUCGCCAGUCGUGGAAAAGGAGCUAGUUGUUUUCGUAGAACACACUCCUUCCGAAGAAGACAGUGUAGAGCUCACAUGGAUGCAACAUAGAAUAAGUUGUGAUGCAUCAGUCGCCCAAGGCUUUGAAAUGACCACUUGUGCUAUGAUUCCCACCAAUCUUGCCGCAACAGUGAAAAGGCUCAACAAAUUUCUCAAGGACUCACUUCCAUCAUACAUGGUCCCCUCUGCCUACGUCGUCGUCGACAAAAUACCAACUGUAGCGGCAUAUGUUGAUCAUAGUUUGCUCAACCAGUUGGCCUCGAAGAUACCUACCCACGUCCUUGAUCAAAUUCGAGAAGGUUUCAAGAAAGCGUGGACUGAGAACACGGCCCAGAAAAAAUUGACGCUUUGUGAGAGAAUCCUGCAGUCUUCUUGGGCUAACGUACUCAAGAUUGACCCAGAAAAAAUUGACGUCGAUGACAAUUUUUUCCGUCUAGGCGGUGAUUCCGUUUUGGCCAUGAAAUUGGUGUCAAAUCUCCGAGCCCAGGGGCAUACUUUGACAGUAGCGGAUAUUUUUCAGCACAUGCGUCUUGGUGAUGCCGCCACAAGAUUGAAAGUGGGCGAUACCGCAAGCAAAAAAGAAGCCCAGCCAUACAAGGCUUUCUCAAUAUUGGGCCAUUUGGAUGUUGAAAGUUUCCUGUCUGAAAUCAUCCGGCCAAAUCUUGCGGACCCUUACUGUUCGAUUCAAGACGUAGCUCCAGUCACGGAUUCCCAGGCAGUCGACAUAAAAAAUACCAUUCAGGUUCCCCGAACGUCUAUCCAAUACACCAUGUUGUACUUCGACAAAGGCAUAGACCGGGAGCAGUUGCUCCGUGCCUUUAAUGAGCUGGUCAAAGCUCAUGAUAUUUUGCGCACCGUUUUCGUACAAAACGAAUCUUCUUAUUUUCAAGUUGUCUUAAAUGAGAUGGACUCCCCUCUAAGGGCGUAUAGAACAGACGGGGAUCUCGAGAAAUACGUGAACCAACUCUGCAUGCAAGAUAUAGAAUUGAAAUUUCAACUGGGGUCAUCUUUUCUGAAGACCCUACAUGUCGAAGAUAAAGAUGGCCAACAAUGCCUUGCUAUAGGCCUAUCUCAUGCGCAGUACGACGGGAUUUCCUUGCCCAGGCUGCUUCGGGACCUAGAGACCAUGUAUACCGGGGGAAUGAUUGUCAACUUUGAGUCCUUUGCAUCCUAUGUGGCUCAAAUUCGGAACGAAAAUACUCAAAUAGAAGCGACAAAAUACUGGCGGAAUCUUCUAAAUGGCUCGUCAUUGUCUGUACUAGAUGGAAAAUCCGACCAGCCUGCAGAGAAGUCGAUCUUUCAUACAAGAGCUGUUGAAGAUGUUCCUCUACCACUUGAAGACAUCACCAUAGCAUCUUUGCUCUCUGCAGCAUGGGCACUUGUGCUGGCUCGCCGUCUGCGGACAGCAGAUGUUACAUUUGGCAGCGUCACUUCGGGACGAAACAUGGACUUGAAAAAUAUAGAGAACGUUGUGGGUCCAUGUUACCAAUUGACUCCAGUCAGAGUCGCAUUCGACCCUGAAUGGACAGCAAUGGACUUUCUGCGAUCUGUCCAGAGACAGAGUGCCGAAUCUGCGGGCUAUGAUUUCCUCGGUUUUAGCAAGAUAUCGAAGGAUUGCGCGCAGUGGUUCUCAUUGCAGGAAGGCCAAUUUUUUGAUUCUAUCGUGCAUCAUCAGGACUUUGAUGAUUUCGAUACUAUGCCAUUUGCGGGGGGUACUUGCAGGGUAGAGAUUCUAAAUCCUCACGGGGAUGCUGCAGAUCCUCUGAAAGUUGUCUCAUUCGUUCGAGGCGGCCAGAUGUAUGUCGGAAUAGUUGGAUAUGAAAGAGACACCGAGUUCGUGGAUUCGGUUCUUGCUGAACUGGAUGCAACUGUUCGUGAACUGAUCAUGCAUCGGUCAGAGAAGGUUUUUCUUGAUGGUCGAAUUUUCUAA